GGGGCUUGGGUGGUCGCUGAGCUGGAUCAUCUAAUUUGCUGGACUUUCUUUUCACCGUCGCCUCCUCCCCUCCCCCUUCGCACAUCUGCCGCGCUCGGUGGUCGUGCUCAAGUCGAGGCAACUGUGAGACGACUCAUGGCCUUCGCCCUGCGCCGUCGCAGCCUCAUCCGUAUUCUCCUCCUAGCCGCUCUUUCGCUGUUCAUCCGCCUGCUCGUGGCGUCACCCUCACCGGCAUCACCUGUAAAGUCUCUGUACUCCUCUGAUCCACAAGAGAUACGGAAGCAAAAUGUCCUUGACCUUGUAGCGCGUUCGGACAAGCCUCUGGAUGCCCGAAGGCACAAGUUUCUGCAAGUGCGCAUGGGGAGGGACGAAAGGAAGGAUUUAUUCCAUAAAACCAUCAGAGAUGGGGUGAUGGACUACUGGGAAAGGUUUCAGAAGCCAUACAUCGCUGGCCAUGACACGGCACAUAUGGACGAGCAGUCCAUGCUAUCCUCAAUUGAGCAACUGCUGACACUUAACGGCUGGGUCGCUGCGCUAUGUCCUACCCUUACUCGGCCAUUCGGGCAGAACAAGUACGAGGAUGCGUACGAAGAUCUGGCCAGGCAGGAUCAGCUGUACUAUAUCGGCAUGGUCAUCCAUUCCGCUGAUCACUUCCUUGUGGACCAGCUCGCGGUCAUCGUGCAGCUGGCCCGCCGGCUGGGCAACAGCAACCUUUUCGUGUCUAUGCUUGAUUACGACUCGUCAGACUCUACGGCGACACUUACAGACCUAUGUGAAGCUGUGCUGACGCUGUUAGGGGUGCCGUUCCGCAUCCGGAGGAUACCUGGCAUGACAGUGGAUCCGAUCGCGGCAUAUUACCCGCUCGAGGAAGCGUACACGAGGAACCUUGUGCUGGAGCCAUUGCAUGAGCUGUAUGAGAAGCGCACCAUCAAAUUCCAUCGUGUCAUCUGGCUGAAAGGCUUCACAUGCCCGAACGACAUUCUCGAGACGAUCAAGUUGAGUAUAGCCAAUGAGGCAGCAAUGGUGUGUGGAAUGGAUUGGGCAGAGCACAACGGGUUCUUCAUUUUCUCAGAUCGAUGGCGGACAAGGGACAUAAACGGUGACCAGUUUCGCCAAUCGAAGUCAUCAUCGAUCUCGAACUCGCCUCUCACCUCCGUCCCUCCUCGCGACAAUGUCGGCGCUCAGCGCUAUACGCAGCACCUGCCGUUCCAAGUCUUCUGCUGCGAGUCUGGCACGCAUGUGGUGGACCCGGCACAGUCGUACUAUGCCGGCAUCGCUUAUCGCGCAGGCACAGACUUUCACAACGCGAGUACGCCUGCAAGUCCACCUGUUAGGAAUCCGGAGGACAAGUGCCUGGAUAGCACGCAGGCCUGGUUCUGCAGAGAUUUAUGGGUCUGGAAGGCGAGAGAAGGGCUUCGGAACCUGGAGACGGAUCUUAAAGUUGCAGACGCAGAUGCAGACAUCCGACAGCCUGCCGUUGAGAAACGUGCUCCCAUUGAGCUCGAAGGCGAAGGCGAGGAGAAAGAGCCUCUCGAGGCUCGUCAGGAUGAUGAACAAGGGGAUGUCAAAGGUGAAGACGAAGAACCUUUGGAGGCUCGGCAGCCUGCUCAGCAGGAUCCGGAUGCGAACGCAGGGUCUGAUUAUGAUGCCACGGAUCUCCCGCUCGAGUCGCCGCCGGAGGACACGCACUCUACGUUUGAGCUCACGAUACCGAAUUCGGUGUUCCUGCCUGCGCGUAUCAUGGUCAACCCUAGGUGCGUGACAACAUAUGCGGGCGUGAAGCACACGCAGCUUGCGUUGGAUCUCUUUGGGCCUCCGGAUCGGGAGGAGCGGAAUGGGGAGAUGAGGGGGAAGGAUGUGUUGGAUGGGUGGAGGGGCGCGCCAGACACGUUCGUCUGCCAGGAGCAGCAACGCACGGGAGGAAGACGGGCUCCGAAAACGCAGAGACGACUGUCAUUUUCAAUACAUAAGGAGCUUGAAGAGACGCUGUCGUCAUGA